AUGGCAAAGUUUUCCUGGUCUCUUCUUCUGCUCCCUCUUCUCCUGUGCCAUCUGGUGGCCGGGGUCUACGCCGUCAUCGCCCCCGAUCUGCCCAACUUCCAGACUCUAGCUGACAAGGACGAUCCAUCGUGCACGAAAGACACCGGCUGCAAAGUUGGCUGCUGCGGACCGCUAGACCCAAAGACCGGUAAGGGUACUUGCGGCUUUGGACCUGACUUUUGCGGCAAGAGUUGCACCUCGCAGUGUGACCGCAAGAGCGAAUGUGAUGCCGGCUGGGGGAUGCAAUGGUCCAAUGCUUCGGCCUGUCCCUUGAAUGUGUGCUGCAGCAAGUUUGGUUUCUGUGGCACCACGCAGGACUUUUGUCAAGGUCGCAAGGUGAUUUCCCCCGAAUGCACUGGUGAUUCGGCCAAAGCCAAGACCAUCGGAUACUGGGAAGGCUGGAAUGAAGAGAAAAAGUGUGAUCACAUGCCCGCCAAGGACAUUCCCCUGGGCUACUACACGCACUUGAAUUUUGCCUUUGCCUACAUUGAGCCCUCGACCUUCCGCAUUGCCCCCAUGGAUCCGGCCACCUCCUCGCGCUACGGCCAGGUGACGGCGCUCAAGAGCCGUCAGCCCGGCCUUAAGGUAUGGAUUGCCAUCGGGGGCUGGGCCUUCAAUGACCCGGGCCUAACGACGACCACGUUCUCGGAUCUCGCAGCAUCCGAGGCCAAUCAAGAUGCCUUCUUUGAGUCGUUGAUCAACUUCAUGGUGGUCAAUAACUUCGACGGCGUCGACCUGGACUGGGAAUAUCCGGUUGAUGCCGAACGUGGAGGAAAGGCGGCGGACUAUGUCAACUUCGUCACCCUCUUAAAGCGCCUGCGAGAGCGUUUGAAUGCAACGGGAAAACAGUACGGAGUCUCGAUUACCCUGCCUGCGUCCUACUGGUAUCUUCGUGGAUUCGACAUCGCGAACCUGGAGCCCCAUGUGGACUGGUUCAACAUCAUGACUUAUGAUAUCCAUGGCGUUUGGGAUAAGCUUCCAACCGCCGGACCUGGCGCGUAUGCUUUCGCCCAUACCAACUUGACCGAAAUCAACAUGAGCCUGGAGCUCCUGUGGCGAAAUCACAUCAACCCGGGACGUGUCGUCCUGGGCUUGGGCUUCUACGGCCGGAGCUUCACGAUGAAAGAUCCCAAGUGCAUCACGGCCGGCUGUCCCUUCCGCGACGGCGGCCGCAAAGGCAAGUGCACCGAUACCGAGGGCAUCCUGUCGGGUAGGGAGAUCAAAAGUCUCAUCAAGGAGGGCGCCAAGGUUUCUUUUGACAAGGAGGCGGCUGUGAAGAUGGUGACUUGGGACAAUGACCAAUGGGUCAGCUGGGACGACAAGGAAACGCUGAAGAUGAAGCUGGACUUCGCCAACAAGCGGUGCCUGGGCGGAACCAUGGUAUGGGCAGUGGAUCUGGACGAUGGCUCGUUGAUCGAGUCAUUGGCAGAAGCCAUGGGCAAGAACAGGACCAAGUUCUACGAAAAAACCCUCAACCCCUUCUACAUCCAGGAGGUUUUGUAA